GAACAAUAAGGCUUUCAGAUGAUAGCUCAGAGCUUGAUCGAUAUUUCAGGCUCGAUCUACCUCAACGAGUAGAUGAUCCUGUUCAAUGGUGGAUAUCACAUCAAGCAUCAUUUCCAACUCUUAGCAAGCUUGCUUUGGAUAUAUUUGCAAUUCCAGCCAUGGCUGCAGAUUGUGAAAGAGCAUUCAGCUUGGCUAAGCUGACAUUAACAUCACAAAGACUUUCGAUGUCGUCAUCAACCUUGGAAAAGGUUCAGUGCUUGAAGAAUUGGAUGCGGAGAGGUGCAGUAUCUAUUGGAGACUUCAAUUUUGUAGAGUCAAUACCAGACACUAUGUAAUUUAGUCAAUCAAAUCUAUCAAACAUGUCAAAUACUAUCAAAUACUAUCAAACAGUCAAAUAUGUCAUGAUCGUGGAGUCAAACACUCAAAUCUGAACCCCUGAUUUGAUUUGUUUGGUCGAGCGGCUGCGCUGUCUCGUUGUUAGCUUUUCUAUUCACAUGACCCCUUUCUUAUUAAUCUAGAUGCUAGGCUGUCUUUAAAUGGUCCCGUGGGAAGUUUUGUAAUGUAAAAUCGUGGGAAAUCGCUCCAACAAAGUAUUAUUCUAGUGAACCAAUUGAACUUUAGCUCUCGUCCAGUAGCUCAGGUCAACCAACUACCUCUUGUUGCGACUUGUACCAUUGCUGGUUAUUGCGGCAGUCCGGACUGCUGGCGCACAUUGGUUUCAGCCGCUAGGCAUCUAUAUGCACGUGCAUAGAACACCGCCUCACAGCUGACUGGUGACAAGGUAGCCCCCUCUUUGAGUUCUCUACAAUCUCUGUUCUUUAAGAGAAAUAUCUGCUUUUCUACGCCAGGUAUAAGUCGACGGUUUCAUUGCAAUUCUUUCUCGUAGCCUUGUACAAAUGGAGAUCGACAGCUACUCGUCCGUGUGUCAAGACAUUUACAGGACCAUAUGUUAUGAAUUAAAAAGUGAACACGAUAUUGCACGCCGAUUUGCCCCACGUGGAACGCUUCGAAUCAUAUUUCAGAGAAAUAACUAUGCGCUACUGAGACAUAUCCUCAAAGUUCUCUCCAAGGAUGCUGAUGCUGAUGCUGAUGCGAUCGAUCGUCUUGUCCUUUCAGGUGACGAUGUCGAAACCUUUAUACAACGCGUGGAGAAACGGAAACUUUUCGACUUGAUUGGGGUUCUUGUCUUUGCGAGUUGCAGUAUAGAUGCUGCAAGGGCAGUGUUUCGGCUCCUGAUAGCCCCUGUGUCUGUUACUGAUCGAGUGUUACGCCUCAAUCAGCUUCCUUUAUCCCAUGAAGACUCCGAGCAGCUCUUCCAGCAUCCACAUGAUUCAUAUCGAUUCUUUAACUAUCAAGCAUGUUUUUGUCCGGUACUUCUUAUACAGGGACAGGAGGUUGUCGUUACAGACGACCUCCACUAUCGCUUGCCAUACACAUCAGAGGAACUUGCAGGGGAGGGGCCCUUUGCUAAAGUGUUUCGUGUCAGAAUAGCCAAGAAUCAGUUUUUAGAUCCCGAGACAAAUUCGGCGAAUAGUGAAGAACUGGAAAUGGCUCGAAAAGAGUACCAUCUUCGACCUGGUUCGGAUGGAGGAAUAUCCAAGUACCAAAUUAUGAAGGCAAUCCUCAACUCCAGCACCAAGCACGAAAAUGUUGUUCAUAUCGUCGGCUGUCUACAAAUUGGACAUAAAUACAGCUUAUUUAUGCCCUUUGCCCUCUAUCAUCUUGACGAGUAUAUGAGAAGCAAACAGCCCAGAGCACCGCAAGAACUUGAUUCAAAACUACAAAUCAUCCGCUGUGCUACAGGUCUCGCAAGGGGGUUAAACUUUCUUCACACUGGCUUCAAAACACGAACUCAGGAGAAGCUAGUGUGCUAUCAAAUCGACUUUCACCCCAGCGAAAUCUUAAUAUUCCAGCAGCACGGCCACUAUAUAUGGAAGUUUAGCGGUUUCGCCAUCUCGCGAAUAGAUAUGAAGGGAGACACAUAUGAUCUCAAACACCUAUUUGUUCGCAAUGGCAGACCCUAUAUAGAUACGGAAUUGGCUGGUAAUGAACAGGGAGGAUCAACAUACGGAGCCCCUGAAUGCAUAUCGUUAGCUACUUCUAUGACGACAAGCUGUGACGUAUGGGCGCUUGGUUGCCUCCUCAGCGACGUUUUUGCCUAUUUGGACGGCGGCUGGAUGGCUUUAGAGGAUUACAGCCAAGCUCGCCAGAAGCAACGCAACUCAAGAGGCUUUGAACAAUUCUUCAUCCCAGGUACCCAAUUCAGCAAACCAAAAGUCAAUCCAGUUGUCUCAAAGUGGCACAGAACGUUAACUCAGCAUGCCAAACAUCGCAGUGCUGUAGAAUACCAAGCAGUGUCCUCUAUAUUGCAAUUUCUAGACAAAAAGGUUUUGCUAAAUCGUCAAGAGUUGAGAUGCACCGCGUCCGCAGUGGCUAAUCAUUUAGAACAUGUUGCAAACAUCCUCGAGAAUAAUAUUCCAAUGUCUGAACAGACAACGAAUAAAAUUGCUCCAUUGUCAACCAGCGAAAUUAAAUCGCCCUUUUUAGAAGGUGCCAACGAACCAUCAACAAAAUGGACGUCUUUGGAUACAGAAUCGCAUAUUAUGAACGAAACAACAUCAUCAACAGUAACUAGAUCACUAGUUGGCCAAAGUAUCACUGGCUUUAGUCAAUCAGAUUUUGUGUCCACUGCUUUGACUACACAUACUACAACAGCCAAUGAUUCAGCGAUGCCUCAAUCAGCCAAGUUAUUAGGUAUUGAAAGCUUGAGCAAGGAUAAUUUGGCAUCCAAUGAUCAACAGUCAAUCUAUACAUCGGACGAUAUACCAAGCUCAACAUACUAUACACAGAAGCUGGCCAGCGAUAUUUUUAACGACAUCUUCUCUCAAGUUCCUGAUGAUGCGUGUGUUGAAAGGAUAUGUGGACAGCUGCCCGAGUUGCUAAAGGAGUUCGCAUAUAGAAUUGGGACGGAGACGAAAAAGGUAGACACCCUUGCAUCGACGCAAGCGAUGAAAUUUAUCCAUCGUAAACGAAAUAUUAUUACAAAUGCCUUUCGUGCAUACUAUCAUGAAAAUGACGAUGAGGAUGACAGCGUUGCACCAGAAGAUUCUCCAAAUAAAAUGACACUACAAGAAAAGUUCACUCUAUGGCAAUCUUUCUCAGCAACAAAUACGCCGGAACAGGACAACCCUAUACAAGCUGGUAUUGUUGAUGCUUCUAAUGAGGAACUGUCGAAUGUGGGCGAAGAGAACGACCCGGAUAUAGAUGAUGAACCUGACCAUGAUGCAAUGGAGACGUACAAGGACAUCAUACCACAUUCUAUGGCGUAUAAAUGGCUACUACAAUCGCUAAGGGAAGAGCUUCAAUCAUUGCGUCCUUGCGGUUCCCUGGAUAAAACUUGCGUUUCUGGGCAAUUGAGAGACAUUGUGUACUCUCAAUAUGGCAGCCGUGUUAUUAGUUCUGGCGUCGGCCCUCCCCGCUAUCAUGCAUUAUUCAAGUUAAAUUGGAACCCGUUUAGCUUUGUUAGAGAAUAUUCUGUUGCAGCCGAGGUAGCACUAGAAUCUGCCCUUACCAUUGUUGGCGCAGGAAAUGGAAUGGCAGAAGCUCUUCCGUGCUCGGAAUACUUGGAGAGAACCUGGUCGCUCUCCGGAAUGAAGAUCAUCGAACUCAUGAAAGAUCUUGUGAAAUGUCAGCACGGCACACAGAGUAAGGCACUUUUACUUGAUGGUACAGAGUUGACUGCUUGGUGUACGUCUGAGGAAGACCUUAUAUAUGUCGACAUGAAUCUAGCAACACCAAUCUCCAUGAUAGAGGUGGGAGAGAUUCUGUCCUGGCUUGUUACGGCGUUGCGAAGUGGUCCUGGUGACCUCCCUGUUACGGCAACACCAUCUCUCAUGUGUAAACGUAAAGGCAGUGAAACCCGACAACAAGGACUCAUCAUUGCUAUAUCAUCUAAUUUAGAGAAAACAAAAUCAUCUGAAUUUGGGAGUUGCUGGUAUCAACUCUUUGGCAAUACAUCUGUCGCUCAAGGAUUCCCUAUCCGGAGGCGUGAGCCGACCUCAAACGCAACACCAUUGAAUGAAGAUGCAAAUUUAUCUCGACACGAUGAGCAUCAAAAAGGGCUGGAAGUCCAUUUGAAAACGCUUGCCACGCUUCUAGAAACAAGGAGAAUUACCAUUUUUCGAGACAGAGUAUAUUUGAAAGGCUUCUGCACAGUUCUUGUGCCUAUGAAAUAUACCGACGGCUUCGUCUACUGGCACGUCAUCUCCAAUCCUAAUGGUCAGAGAAUUUCAUGUGCAGAUCCACGGAUUUACGAACUUGAGGAUAGCAUUGAAGGGUGGAAUAUUCGAAACUAUGCUACAAUAGGACAAAUUGAGUCUGCCCGACAUAUUGUGGGAUGGUGUUCGCGAGCUGCUGAAUACAUUGGUUCUCGGACGGCACUCUAUAAUAUUGCUUCAACAGCGUUGAACGGACCGCGUCCAGGGUUUGCUUUCGACCGUAUUACUAUUUCAGGAGGCAAAGUUAUUUCGUUAGGAAUGUCGGGGACUAUUGGAACAAGGGACCGACCGGUACAGCGAGCUGCCGACAGCGACUUUUACAGGCAGCUUGAAUGGAUACAACAAAGACAUGUGGUCUUAUACGACACUCAAGCUCAUAGAGCAUGGCUUGUUAAUGGUAUAAGCGCUCUACUCCAUCUCCUACGAACUUCAAUACUGCAUCGAAGAAAUAUCGGCCAUUCAAUUAUAUUUCAAGAUUGGGAGAUACAAGAAGCAACUGCUCCGCUUAUGGGUAGGGACGCCGCAUGGGCUAUGCUGACGAACGCGCAUAAUCUAUCUCUCAAGGUAUACCAGAAUCCAGAAAAAGUCACGGUGAAGCAUAUUAGAAAGGGCUCUGGGGCUGUUGAGACCAUUACGGAAACAAAGAUCACGUGGACGCAUCUCUCAGAUAAAAUAUCUGACCUUUACAACAUACUUUGGCAGAUUUUUGAUCAUCAAAUGAAUGACAUGUUGACAGAUGGUGUUGGCGGCCGAGUUCGAGGUUCACCUCGGCGACAGCUUGAGGGAUUCAACUUCACAGAUGUUGCGACUGAAACAGAUCCGAUCAAACCCAAGGCUACCGUCCUAAGUGAUAUGGGAAGUGGCUGGGUGGAUCUUACGCGCGCAUUGCAAGCCAUCACACUCUUUGGAGAAGGAUUCGGUGACCUUAUACUACCAGAAGCAACCUCUGUGCUGUGUGAAAAUUGGGCGCGGCUUCCAAAGGAUCAACAUCUUUUGGCGGUAAGUACCCGUGAAUUGGAAUACAUAAGGAAAGCUACAGGGAUGCGCGAAGAAGGACAAGAUCUUUGGGAGUUGACCAAAAAGCAGUAUUGGCAUAUCCCGGACAGAAUCUUUGAAGACUGUGAUUGCGAUUCAGUGUUAGGAAAUAUCGGUCCUCAUCCUACUAAACGUGGCAAGAAGAAGAGUAGUUCCCCCAACUACUGUGACCGUGUACAAGUUCUCCUUCCUGCGAGCUAUCCUAAGCGUUUGACGCGUGGACUCAGAAGCCCGCGUCUUCCUCUUCCCGAAAAUGGCGCAGUUAUAUUCGGUCAUAGCAUCACAUUUCCGCUUCAACUUGGUUCUGGAUCCGAGUCUGUUACACAUCAGGUGUCAGACCAAACAGCGCUAGAUCUAUCAGCUAACGCGGUCAAUUCUGACCCAAAUAUGGCGCCGGAUCCGUCAAAUGCAGAGAAUGGCGGAGCGGCCGAGGCUGUGUUAGUUCAACUUGGCGAUCAAAGCAAGCGCUUCGACUUGCGCAAACUAAAGAAGAUAUCGAAAAUGGUUCGGAAUAUGACGAUUGGCUCCAAGGAAGCUACCUAAAGACUGCUUGGGAUAGAAUCCUGUUUCCGCACAAAAUAGGACAAAUACAUCACUCUCUUAUUAUUAAGACGCCAGGUUGCUAAUUUUAAGAAAUAUAGAGGAUCCGAGAUAGCCCACUCGCCCGUGAACUGCGUUAUAACGAAA